AUGAGGGUCCCAGAAAAAUUAAAGGUGGCACCACCAAAUGCUUACCUGGAGCAAGGAUUUCAAGAAGGAGUUUCAAACGCUAGUGUGAUUAUGCAAGUUCCAGAGAGAAUUGUGGUAGCAGGAAAUAAUGAAGACAUUCCAUUUUCAAGACCAGCAGAUCUUGACCUUAUACAGUCAACUCCCUUUAAGGCUCUGGCUCUAAAAACACCACCUCGUGUGCUUACACUGAGUGAAGGACCGCUAGAUUUUCUGGAUUUAGAGAGAUCUGCUCCAACCCCUCAAAAUGAACAAAUCCAUGCAGUUGGCAGGCUAAAAAGAGAACGCUCUAUGAGUGAAAAUGCUGUUCGCCAAAAUGGACAGCUGGUCAAAACUGACUCCAUACCUGUGUUUCGUGGUGGGUCUGCUGCCACCACUUCUAAUCCUCAUCAUGACAACAUCAGGUAUGGCAUUUCCAAUAUAGAUGCAACGAUUGAAGGAACUUCAGAAGACAUGACAGCUGUAGAUGCAGCUUCAUUAAGACGACAGAUAAUCAAACUAAAUAGACGUCUACAACUUCUGGAAGAGGAGAACAAAGAACGAGCUAAAAGAGAAAUGGUCAUGUAUUCAGUUACUGUAGCAUUCUGGCUGCUUAAUAGCUGACUCUGGUUUCGCCACUAGAGGUAACCUCAGCUCUCAGAAAUAUUGUCUCAACAGCUGGAAAUAUAAAGA